AUGCCGUCUGACGUGUCUGCGGAGCCUGCCGAGGUGCAGGCGAUCGUCUCGAGCCUCGCGUUGAUUCCGCAUCCAGAGGGGGGCUACUUCCGCGAGACAUGGCGCGGCGGUGCUGAGCCGAUGGCGAGUCGCGGAAAGACGGACAACGGCGGCGAGCUUAUGAGCACUGUGCGCAGGGCCGGCGACGGCGACGAGGGGCAGCGGAACGUGAUGACGUCGAUGCUGUGGAUGCUGACGAAGCAGCUGCCGUACGGGUGCUGGAUCCAGAACGCAUCUACGCACGUUCACUACCACCACGGAGGCGGAACGAUCGAGUACCACGUCGUGACAGCGGACGGGCGGCUCGAGAAGCACCGCCUGGGCCCGAACUACCAGGCGGGCGACGUUCCGCAGCUCAUCGUGCCAGGAGGUUGGCUCAAGUGCGCGCAGCUCGUGCAGGGCGCGUGGGCGCUGAUCGGGGAGGGCGUGGCCCCCGGGUUCGACUUCCGAGACAUGAAGUCGGUGACCGCGGAGCAGCUGAAGCGAGCGUGCCCGGAGGCGUUCGAGGCGGCGGGGGCGCUGAUCGAUCCCAAGAGCGCGGACAACACCGACGCGUUCUACGAGAGGAAGUAA